UUAGCUAAACAAAGUGACCUGCAUUUCGGUGGCAAUGACAGCUAUGCGACACAUGUUACUAUGCUGGUGAAGAACUCUUGGAUAUUUGUUGAUCUACUCUCUUCACUAUCGGAAAAAGCGAGGUAAUUCGUUGCUUAUUGCCGCCAGUUAUAGUGGAGUCUAUAAACUAUAAACUGUAAAGUAAGCAUGGUCUGGCCAGGACAGUCAGUUCACGGUGUACCUCACACAGCGGUAAUCCUCCCGUCUGUGCCUGCAGGUUGACUGAGAUCGUGUCCAGCCUGUGAAGAUGCCAGCCGGUGUGUCUUGGCCUCGCUACCUGAGGAUGCUGGGGGCCAGCGUCCUGUCCAUGUUUGCAGGAGCACAGGUUGUCCACCAGUACUACCUGCCUGAUCUGAGUAUACCUGAGGUCCCACCCAAGCCUGGGGAGCUGAGGACUGAACUGCUGGGCUACAAAGCCAGAGAAGAGGCUCUUGCAGCCUUAGAGAAGGUGAAAGCUGGAGAGAAACUGGACUGACGCACAACUCUGCAUCAUCUCUGUGAUGGACACUCGGUCAGAAGGACCACUGAAUCUCUCAUAUUUGCCAACAGCUGUAUGCUGCAGCCUGCCUGGGAGUAAAGUCAUUUCCAGCGCCUGAGCAAAUAUAAAAGGAUAUUUUAAAUUUUUGGUGUCCUCCUUCUUUAGUGGAAAAGUCGGCAACAGCGCUGUCUUUUGACUUCUUGGGAUAAAGACUUCACUUGGAACAAGAUGAUGUGGCUCAUGCAAGUCUUCGUCCAAGUCUUUGUCAGUCAAUGCAUCUCUUCUGGAAAUACUUGCUUUACUACAAUAAGUUAUUCAAAGUUUAAUAGUCAAUGUAAAUCCAGUAAUGCAUUAUCAAGUCACUGUAACUACCAUCUUAUGUCCCUAUGUUGACUGUCUUCACUCCUGUUUUUUUUUCUUCUUUUUUUUUUCCAGAUUUUAUUUUUUUCCCUUGUCGACAAAUUUUGAUCAAAAUUAAAAAUCUGAAAUAAAAAAAUGUCCAUGGUUAAGUAUGUUUAAG